UCUGCGCAGGCCGCAAGCCGAAGAUCGCGACCGCCGAAGCAUGAUGGGGGACCCGUUCGACGAUGCAUGGACGACCUCGAGCCACGACUACGCGCUCUGGGGCGACCUCGGGGACGUGGGCUUCAGCGGACGCAUGAGCGGCUCGAUCGGGACGCCCCCGACCGAGGUCCUGGACGAAGCACCGGCGUACGAGCGCGAGCUCCGGGAGCACUACUUGGGCAACGCUUCGCUCGAGACGGAACAGGCGCAGUCGGUGAAGGCGACGAUCCAGUUCCUCUUGGGAGGAAGCGCGUCGCCGGUGGGAUCGCCGUCGCCACGAUCUUCCCGCUCGAGCCCAGUCCAGCCAAAGGAAGAAGAGAACGUUAAGGCGCUGGAGGAAGAGAAGUCGUUUUUGGCGGCCGUCGAAACCUUGCGCUUCACAAGGGUGCGGCUGGAGCGGAAGGCCAAGCUCCGCGCCGCUGUACCCCAAGAAAGCCCCGACGACGAUGAGCUUUCGCCGACACCACCGCGCAAGCCACCGGCGCGAAAGACGACGGCGCGACCGGGCUUGCGUGAAGCUCCGGCUCCAUCCACGCGCUACAAGACGCGCGAGCGCUGCACGCGACGGUCUCUCAUCGAAAGCUUCGAAACGGACGAAGCCUAUGAGCCGCCCAUCAAGCACCCACUGCCAGACGUGAUGCGUACGGUGAAGAAAGCGCGCUUUUCAAAGUCUCGCGGCUACACGGUCAAGCCGUGCGAGUAUCCUGGCUGCGACAAGUGGUCUCGAACCCGCGGUCUUUGCAAGCGCCAUGGCGGCGGAAAGCGCUGCCAAGUCAAGGAUUGCCCGAAGAGUGACCAAGGAGGAGGUUAUUGCAUCAAGCAUGGCGGAGGGCGACGCUGCUCUGUGUACAAGUGCAAGAACUCGGCGCAGGUGAAAGGCUUGUGCAAGAGUCACGGGGGCGUCCGACGCCAAUAUUGAAGCUCCUUGCGUGCGCCUGGUCCGAAUGACGAUGCUUGGUUUGCAUUGUUUUACGUUGUCCAAGCUACUUUAAUUGUUUUCAUUGGCGAUCGUGACACGCAUACGCCGCCAUUUGCAGCUUCCUCGGCCCACCAAACAAGCGUACGUCAGUGAUGGAUCGUACGAGCGACCCGCUCCUCCUCGCCGACGCCCGGGCAAGACGUCAUCCGAACCACAGACUUUCCUGAAGUUACGCAACAAAACACUGCACACUGCGCUGGACGC